AUUUUUGACAGAUAAACAAUGAUGUGUCAAUGAUUUCAAUGGUUUAGUAAAUUUGAUUAUUAAUAAAACACUAUCAUGGAUAAUAUGAGUUUGAAAGAAAUACAAAGCAAACUGUUACUCUGGGAAGCUUCUGACAAUCCUUUGGCACCACUUACAUCAGAGCAAAGGGAAGCUAUACUCGAUUUGGAAGCCUUAGUAACUGGAAAUUAUGUUGCCGGAGAAGAGGAUGCCAAUAGAACAGAGUUAGACGAGUCUACAAUACUAUCCUCAAUCCCAAAAGUGGACACCACAUAUGACUUUCUGGAAUGGUAUGAAAGCCUCAGUGAGAGCUUGGUAAAUGCUGAUGAUGCACCAUAUGAGACUUAUUAUAAGCAAUUGGAGGACAGAAGAAAUGAGUGUGUUUCACUCACCGAUCAGAUAGGUGCAACCAUGGCUGACCUCAAGAAGUUGUCAGAGCAAUAUAAUCUUGUCUCCAACAAGACUAAUGCUCUGCACAUGAUGAGUGAGCAAUUGCUGGCUGAUCAGAAUAAACUUUCUAGCAUAGGUGAAGACAUAAAACACAAAUUGCAUUACUUCACUCAAGUGGAACACCUGUCACAGAGACUCAACAGUCCAACGAUGUCUGUGAACAGUGACGCUUUCUUCAUAGUGUUAGCGAAGAUUGACGAGUGCCUUGACUAUAUGAGAGUUAAUAGCACCUUCAAAGAAUCCCACACAUACCUGGUCAAAUACCGCCACCUACAAAGCCGGGCGAUAUCCCUCGUCCGCUCUUACGUCACGCAUGUACUGAACCACGCCACAGAGCAAGUGCUGGCGCCCAAAGACGAGGGGCCGACGGAACAGGAGAUUAUGGAUACGGCAUACGCUGUGUACUUUGGGAAGUUUCAAGCUGCUGCGCCGAAGCUGAAGAUGGUUAUAACUGAGAUUGAGAAGAGGGCUGAAGGCAAUCCUGACUACGCGUCCCUGCUAUCGGAUCUCCAGCGGGAGUACGCCCGCUGCCGCCGCCGCGUGGCGGGCGCGCCCACGGCCGCGGCGCUGGCGGCGGCGGCCGGCACCCACCUACGGGACCACUGCACGCUGCUGCGCACGUCGUGCUCGCUGUUGGCGCACGCGUGCCGGGACGAGUGCGCUUUGUACGCGCACUUCUUUAGCAACCCGUCUCCGGCGCUCGACGAAUACCUCCAAUCGCUCUGCAACGGUUUGUACGAGACACUGCGGCCUCACAUCAUCCACAUCAACCAUUUGGAAACGCUCGCUGAGCUCUGUGUAAUAUUGCGGCUUGAGCUCAUCGAGGAGCAAGUUAACAAUGACCCGGCAACCCUCGGAGCUUUAGGCGCUGUGGCGCGCGCGUUGCUCCAGGACGCGCAGGAGCGGCUGGUGUUCCGCGCGCACGUGCACCUGCGCGCCGACGUGCUGCUGUACCGGCCGGCGCGCGGCGACCUGGCCUACCCCGACAAGCUGGAGAUGAUGGAGCAAAUCGCCCUAUCUAUCCAAGAGCAGAGUCUGAAACGAAGCGACUCCCGCAACUCUAUGACGUCCGAUAUAUCCGCGACUUCCCAAGAAGUGGCCGCUGCGAUGGAGCGCCGUGCCCAAGCCUCCCCGGCGGAUCUGCACGGCAUGUGGUACCCGGCUGUGAGGAGAACUCUAGCCGCUUUGUCCAGGCUUUAUAGAUGUCUGGAGAGGAAGGUGUUCCAGGGGUUGGCCCAAGAAGCGAUAUCUCUCUGCGUGCAGAGCAUAGACAACGCCGCCAAACAGAUCAGCGCGGACAAAACAACCAUAGACGGCGAACUCUUCCAAAUUAAACAUCUGUUAAUACUACGAGAACAAAUCGCUCCAUUCCAAGUGGAUUUCAUAAUCAAAGAGACGACUUUAGACUUCAGUAAUGUUAAAAACGCAGCUUACGGUCUGAUACAAAAACCUAGGCAGAUAUUUUCUUUGAACAGUAACAAUGCGUUGUUGGAGUUCCUGUUGGAGGGUACGCCGAUGGUGAAGGAACAUCUUCUGGAUUCGAGGAAAGAGGUGGAUAGACAACUGAAGACUAGUUGCGAAGUGUUCAUCAGGGAUGCGACUGAAGUGCUGGCUGGGCCGCUGAUCAGUUUUAUGGAAAAGGCCCAAGCCUUCAAUCCAAUCGAGCAAUUGAAGAGUCAGCCGUGGGCGAGCCCUGAAGAAAUAGCGGUCGUGGUGAAGGAAGCCCAGAGACGGAUCAAGGCUCAGCUCGCUCCAUUACAGCGCUCUAUGCAACUCUAUUUGGCUAAUAAGGAAACUGAGUUCAUCCUCUUCAGGCCAAUAAGGAAUAACGUGGUGGGCUUCUUCGUGCAAAUGGAGCAAAUGCUGAACAACGCUGACUUCUCCUACGAAGAUAGACUGAUCGUGGCGUGUCCUACACCGGAACAAGUUUCCGUGUUCAUCUCCUCGGCAAGUCUGAUAAGUCACGGCGAACCGGUGUUGCCAUACGGCAAAAAGAGGAAGACGAGCACCGUCCGCAAGCCCAGUGUUGCCAGUGUGCAGGAGAGCAGUGAUAAACCUCAAGAGAGUUCCAAGACUAUUGAUGUGUAAAUGAGCACAAAACUUGCAGUAUAAUUUAUGUAAUUACCGAGAUUAAAGAGCAUGUAUGAAGGAGGUGAAGAUCUAUGUUUAUUUAUAGUUACUUGGAUUAAUUAAUCUUGAAAUAAUGAAUGUAUAUCUUCAUAUAGUAAUAUAUCCUAUAAUUUAUUGAAUAUGUACUUUUAUUUUAAAUACCUACCUAGGAGUAUCAUGUUAAGUUUGGGUUGUAUUAUAUAAUGUGGAAAAUGGAAUAGCAAGUUUGAAACUUAGAAGAAAGGUAUUUUUUUAAAUAAACUCAUAUUUUAAAAACAAAUUGGUUUAUUUACACAUUUUAUUUACUUACAUCUUCUAUAAUAAAUACACAAUUACACCAAAGACAUUUGUUUUAUUUCAAUAAAACAACAGACAUUAGGUGAAGUUUUUAAUGUGUUUUUCUUAAUCAUUGAUUUAAAUAAGAAUUCUAAAAUACACUACGACAACUUAUGCUCUGGCCCAGUACAUUCCACCACGAAUCCUUGUGUAUUCAGGGAGGCCUUCUACUGGAC